AAAUACUUUUCUCUCCUUACAAAUAAGAUUUACUGAAUAAAAUCUGUAUCAUCAUAAAUUCUUCAAAAUAAGUGGCAGUGACUCCCCAGUCACAGCUGCCCCAUUGCCUUACAUGUCUGAGAAAUACCUUGACAAGUGAAUUUUUCAUAACUGCCUUAAUGCUUAGUCUUACUGAAUCUGCUACCAAAUAGAGGCACACAUUCACAUUUUCCUCUUCCUUCUCACUGCUCUAUCUAUUACUGUUGUCAAACUGAUAAACACCAUUUUACCCACUUCUUAAAUAAGUAAAAUAACCCUUGUACCUUUUAAAAUUAAGAAACAGUGAAAUCUAUAAAACAGUGGAAGGAGCAGGUAGGAGCAAACCAUAUCUUCUGUUUUUCUCUGACAGCCUUCAUUAAUCAAAGUUAUGGAGACAUCUGCCAUGCUUUUCUUCCAAUAAAACUCUCAGGUAUCUUGAUUUGUUCUUAAUGUUAUACAAACUCUAGCAAAAUGAUCUGUCUGAUGUUAAAGUUCGGUAGCAAAUUACACAAAUAUUAUCCCUUUACAGAUUAGAAAGCCAGUGACAAAAAGACUGUGAGAUUUUCCCAUAGCUGCUGGGAAGUUUUGUAAGGAUCAGGAUCAAACCCAUAUCUGGACUCACAGACUACCCUCUCUCGGUCUCACAGUGGAGUAGGCACUAGUGGUACACUGAAUGAGGGAAUGAACAAUAGAGUUAUCUGGGUAGAGAGGUGAACUAGACUAGAAUUACUUCUAUAAUGAAGUAAAUACUGCCUUCGUAAUUAGAACAGGAACGCUUUGGCACCUUAUUUACUCUGAGAAUCAGGAGAAAGAUGGGAAAGAGGUUUGUACAGGAGAUAAUGUGAUAUGAACUGCAGAAAAAUAAAUACCUGUCUUCUUACAUUUCCUAUUUUGUUUCAUUAAGUUAGGCCUAAAAGCAUCCCAAAAUUUUACUUAGACACAGUGGCAGAGAUUGUUUUUUGGAAGCCUAAUCAUGGAAAUUUUUACCUUGUUAAAGCAUAUUUUUAGCCAAUUAUUUCCAUGUAAGUUUCUCUGUAAUAGAUUCUCUGUUUGGCUGAGGGGUGUUUGGGAAGUCCACUAGUGUCUUAAUGAAAUGUAAUUUUGAAUAACUAAGCUCUAAGUCUGUUAGAAAACCUAAAAAAAAAAAUAACUCUAUGCAAUGUUAGUCUGCUUUGUGCUGCACAACAAUUGUUAAGGUCUCUUACACAAACAUAGUCUUACAGCAUAGGACAGAAAAUAGUGUUUGUACUGUGUUUGCGUUUCCUCGGUGACAAAUUUGGUAGCUUGGCUAAUAAAAGGAAGGGUGAAUUUAAUAACAUUGUAACCAGAAAGGACUUUCUGCAAAGCAUCUCAAAGGCUCAAUUUCUAGCAAAAAAUGAAAAAAAAAAAAAAAACAGGCCUGUAAAUGGAUCAUUUUGAUAACCACUUUCCCACUUUCCUCUGACCUAGUCCUACUGUUGCUGGGCUACUGAAUAGGUAGAGGCCAAAGCAAUCAUGCGUUUUGGGUAGCCAUAAGACAUUCAUUAAUGUGCAAUUGCUUUCUCCUCAAAAUCUCUUUCUUUGAUGUAUCCCCAGUAAAUCUGAUACUACCAGACUGCAGGCUAUCUACUAUAGAAGGGUAUGGUGCUACUAAAUUAUACCAAAGAAUGAUCCCUUCUUCAAAGGAGACAAGCAGAUAAUUUAAUUAGGAAGGUUUAAAAACAACAACAAAAAAAUGAGUUUCCUAUCUUAAAAUAACACCAAACCUCCAGUUCUUGCCUAGCUGCUGACUGAGUGUAUAAUCAUGCAGCAUGACCUCUCUUCAGAGUGCUUUUCAGGAUUUGCUGGUUUUGAUUGUUUUUAGUAUGAGCUCCAUCCUACAACAUCUAGAUCCUAUUUAACUGUGCACAGUGACACCGAAGUCAAGGUAGGCAGAAACCUAAGGGCCUUAAGACCUAAACCAAGGGAGAAAACUAAUAUCCUCUUCCUAUAAGGCACCGUUAAAUGCAUAGUAUUUUUAUGUAGACAUAAGAGCAUAUGCAAAGGAACUGAACAGAAAAAAAUAAAUGCUGUAAAAGGACAUACAUUUUGAAAUAGGAUUUUAAACAAAAGAAUGAAAAAACAUGAUUUUUUCAUAUUUAUCCAUUUACAUAAAGUUAUGCACUCUAUUUUGUUCCUUGAAAAAUUUCCACAUGGAUAGGAAAGAGAAGGAAGAAAAACAACCAAUACAUUCAAAAGACUAAUUUUGAAUUCGGGAUCAUUAGAAUUGCUAGCAUAAACAACAGCUGGCAAAUUAUGAGAAAUUAGAAGGGAUGAAUUGAAUAUUGGAAAGAGACAAACUGAAAGUUUUCAGAAUAAAUCACAAAGAUUUAAAUUUAUCAGAAAUGAGAAGCACAUCAAAGUUAAGACAGGCAAGAGCUAAAGAGAACAAUUAAAGAAGGGGCUCCACAGUCGAAGCCAUCAGCCUGUGCAAGCCCCAGUGAGCACAGCCCUGCCGUGAUGGUGGAGAGCCAGGGACGUGCCCGACAUGCCUGCAGUGUCUCUGAUGAAGAGCUGGAUGAAAGAGUUGACAUCAUCGUCGCUGCAGUCCUACUCCACUCUGUAGCCAUCAUCCAGGUAGCCCUAAGCAAGGCAGCAAGUGCUCCCUGGGUCACAGUGCCCACGGUGCCUCCUCCCACACCAGAGCCUGCAGAAUGUACGUCCUCGGCCUCUGCCUUGGCCAGAGGCCCUGUGGGGGAGGCCAAUGAAGCCCCUCUCGCUGCAGCAGCAGCGCCACAAGAAGAAGGUGGAGAAGGGGCUUCUCCUUUGGCUGCAGAGCCUCUCCAGGAGCCCAGCACAGAUGUCCGCCCAGCAGCAGCUGACAAAGCAGGAGCAGCAGCCACUCCCUUGGUUCCUGGGCACCAGGUGGCCAUCGAGCAGGGAGGCCAAGCGCAGUCCUCCUCCUGCACCAAAGAUAUGCCAGCGGAUGAGCCAGCAACAUCCCAGACACAAGCACCGUCCCAGGAUCUGUUGGCCGGGCCUGUUCAGCGCAGCGAGCAGCACCAAGCACAAGGAACCCUUGACCUCGCACAAGCCUCGGCGCGCCAGCCACGGCCCUCCCGCAUCAGGAGGGCACUUCGCGCGCUGCGCAGGGCUUUCUGCUGCAGCUGCAUCGCAGGAAAGCGAGAGUAGCCGCGCCCGGCUGUGCCAGUCCUAGCAGGAUGCUCGGAGCUGGCAGCUGGCCCUCAGGAAGCUUUGCAGUGCCCACGGAAGCAUCACUGCGAGGCACAGGACAGCGCCCCAGGAAUUCAGAUGCCCCACCACAUCCUGCCCCCAGCCUCAGCUCAGCUGUGGAUGCUUUCUGCUCAGAAUAAAAGCUCAGGCAGACUUUUGCCCCCAGUGCUCCUCUCUGUGCCGUUGAUCUCAGGAGAAAGAGUGGUGCAGGCCAU